AUGUUGCGCAGGGUGCGCGGGCGGUUUGGUGAUAAGUUGAACCCCGAUGACGCCUUUCUGAGUUUGACAAGAGAGGACAUGCAAACUCUUAAGAACGACUGGCUCACAGAUAAUAUCAUCUCAUUUUGGGAGGAAUAUCUCGAACAUGAAUUCCUUUCACGAUACCAGACCUCCAAUAUCAUCCUUCUCCGCCCCAGCAUGUCAUUCAUGAUCCUCCAAACUCCCGAUCCUCGCACCCUCCGCGAAGCACUCCCGGACUUCAGUCGAGCCACCCAUGUCUUCCUCCCCAUCAACGACUGCCGCAAUGUCUCCCAAGCAGAAGGAGGCACGCACUGGUCCCUCCUGUUGAUCUCGGUCGUCGACCGCAUCGCGUUCCACUACGACUCGCUAUACCAAGGAAACGUCUGGGAGGCAGACACGGUGACCCGCAAAUUCGGAUACCUUCUAAACAUGCCCAUUAGGUUCUUGCAUCUAAACGACUCGCCCCAGCAAGACGGCGGCAGCGACUGCGGCGUAUACGUGUGUAUGAACAUGCGGCAUCUUCUCAUGAAGCGGUUGCUGAUGGCGAGCGCACAUGAGAAGAACAAGCGCCAGUCCUAUGGGAAAGAAAUCGAGGAGUCCUCCGCGCGUUGA